AUGUCUUUCCUAGGAUUUGGUGGCCAACCACAACUGAAUACUCAGCAAAAAAUUUCUGCCGCAGAAGCCGAACUGGAUCUUGUCACGGACAUGUUUAACAAGCUGGUGGACAACUGUCACCAAAAAUGUAUUCAGGCGACUUACAGCGAAGGAGAUCUGAACAAGAACGAAUCCUCAUGCAUUGAUAGAUGUGUGUCUAAAUAUUUUGAAACUAACGUGAAAGUUGGUGAGAACAUGCAAAAGUUGGGCAACUCAUUCGGCGGUGCAGGUAAGUUUUAG